CGGCCCGGCGGGGCGGGGCGGGGCGAGCGGCGCGGCCGGAUUCAUUCCUGUAGUGCACGGGGCAUGGAGGAGCUGCGCGGCCGCAGGCGGAGCGGGGCGGCCCUGGCGGCGGCGGGCACAACGGUUUCCAUUUGAAAGGGGCGGCCCGAGCCCGAGCGGCCGGCGGCGGCUGGAGCACGAACCCCCGGGCAGUUCCGAGCGCGGCUGGUCAGAUGCUGGAAGGACAGACUCGCCUGCGGCUGGCUCUCCCUUCCGGGGUGCAGGGAUAACAUUGAACUUGGGGCCCUCCCCCCCCCCCCACCCCCGGCUCCACGCCGCCCCCCGCGUGACUCUGGCCGGGGUCGUUAGAGUUCAAGCUGGAGCUUGGCCUCAAGGAUCGAUCUCUAACAAAAGCACGCAGCCUUUGCCCCGGGGGACCUAAAUGGAUCUAAAGACAGCAGUGUUUAACGCAGCUCGGGAUGGCAAACUCCGGCUCCUCACCAAGUUGCUGGCAAGUAAGUCCAAAGAGGAGGUUUCCUCCCUGAUCUCGGAGAAGACCAAUGGGGCCACCCCGCUGCUGAUGGCCGCCCGCUACGGGCACCUGGACAUGGUCGAAUUCCUCCUGGAGCAGUGCAGCGCCUCCAUCGAGGUGGGCGGCUCGGUCAACUUCGACGGCGAGACCAUCGAGGGCGCCCCCCCGCUGUGGGCCGCCUCGGCCGCCGGGCACCUCAAGGUGGUGCAGUCUCUGCUCAACCACGGCGCCUCCGUCAACAACACGACGCUGACCAAUUCCACGCCCCUGCGCGCCGCCUGCUUCGACGGCCACCUGGAGAUCGUCAAGUACCUGGUGGAGCACAAAGCCGACCUGGAAGUGUCCAACCGCCACGGCCACACGUGCUUGAUGAUUUCUUGCUACAAGGGACACAAAGAGAUCGCGCAGUAUUUACUUGAAAAGGGGGCGGAUGUCAAUCGGAAGAGUGUGAAAGGUAAUACUGCAUUGCAUGAUUGUGCGGAAUCUGGAAGUUUGGACAUCAUGAAGAUGCUUCUUAUGUAUUGUGCCAAGAUGGAAAAGGAUGGUUACGGGAUGACUCCCCUUCUCUCAGCAAGUGUGACCGGUCACACAAAUAUUGUGGAUUUUCUGACUCACCAUGCUCAAACCAGCAAGACUGAACGGAUCAAUGCUUUAGAGCUUCUGGGAGCUACAUUCGUAGACAAAAAACGAGAUCUACUGGGGGCUUUGAAAUACUGGAAAAAGGCAAUGAACAUGAGGUACAGUGAUAGGACUAAUAUAAUUAGCAAACCAGUACCACAGACACUAAUAAUGGCUUAUGAUUAUGCCAAGGAGGUAAAUAGUGCAGAAGAGCUAGAAGGUCUUAUUGCUGAUCCCGAUGAGAUGAGAAUGCAGGCUCUGCUAAUUCGAGAACGUAUUCUUGGUCCUUCUCAUCCUGAUACCUCAUAUUAUAUAAGAUACAGAGGCGCUGUCUAUGCAGACUCGGGAAAUUUCAAACGAUGCAUCAACCUGUGGAAGUAUGCUUUGGAAAUGCAGCAGAACAACUUGGACCCUUUAAGCCCAAUGACUGCCAGCAGUCUAUUAUCUUUUGCAGAACUGUUCUCUUUUAUGCUACAGGAUAGGGCUAAAGGCCUGUUGGGCACCACUGUUACAUUUGAUGAUCUUAUGGGCAUCCUGUGCAAAAGUGUCCUUGAAAUAGAACGAGCUAUCCAGCAAACCCAGUGUCCAGCUGACCCAUUACAGUUGAAUAAGGCGCUUUCCAUCAUUUUGCACUUAAUAUGUUUGUUAGAAAAGAUUCCUUGUACUCUCGAACAGGACCACUUCAAAAAACAGACUAUCUACAGAUUUCUUAAGCUGCAUCCAAGGGGGAAAAACAACUUCAGCCCUCUUCAUCUGGCCGUGGACAAAAAUACUACCUGUGUAGGGCGGUACCCUGUUUGUAAAUUUCCAUCUCUGCAAGUUACUGCAAUACUGAUCGAGUGUGGUGCUGAUGUGAAUGUCAGAGACUCUGAUGACAACAGUCCCCUACAUAUCGCUGCUCUCAACAACCAUCCAGACAUCAUGAAUCUCCUUAUCAAAUCAGGUGCACAUUUUGAUGCCACAAACUUGCACAAGCAAACUGCUAGUGACUUGCUGGAUGAGAAGGAAAUAGCUAAAAAUUUGAUCCAGCCCAUUAAUCAUACCACAUUGCAGUGUCUCGCUGCUCGAGUCAUAGUGAAUCAUAGAAUAUAUUAUAAAGGGCAUAUUCCAGAAAAGCUAGAGACCUUUGUUUCACUUCAUAGAUGAUAAUUUGACUAUAUUUUAGCACUGUUAAAGCACGAAUUGGUAACAGUUGUUUCAUGAAUGAGCACUGUUGUGAUAACACCAGCAUUCAUUUAGCUUGAUAUCGUCGUGCUCUCAUUGGCUAAAGCAUUAUAAGCAUCAAACUUACAGGAUUGGUUUCCCAGUAUUUAAUAUAAAUAUACCAUAUAAUAUAUUGUUUGUGAAUUACUGAGAAAUGUAAUGUCAUUCAAAUUUCUAAAACUGUCUGCCAAAGGCUUACCCAUUCUGAUUUUGUUUGCUGUUGGGUGUUUGGGACAGAGUUUUUCAGCAGUGUCUUUAUACUUUACUGGUUUGUGAGUUUUAUACAAUAGAAAGGUCUUCCCCAUCCCCACUGCCACCCCCCUUUUCACUUCUCUUCAGGCUUCUCCCUUUUUGGCUCCCCCCCACCCCAACCUUUUCUACUUAAAAUAGUCCCUCUCUCCUUAUGGACCCGUGCUAGGUGGUACAAACUUGAUGGACUUGUUACCAUUUGCAGUUACCAUAAGUGCUUUAUCUUCUCUAUGCACCGGCUUAAACUUGACUGUUGUCUGUUAGCAUAUUUUUUAUGCAGCAGUUGGUCAACUUCAACCCAAAACACUGUUGAGUUUGUUACAAAGUUCAUUUUAUGAAAGUACUCUUUUGUAGCAUGAUAAUUUUUAGAGCUACUCAAGUCAGCUAAUGAUCUGAGCUCAACUUUUUUUGGGUUUUUUUUUUUUUCUCCUCACAUUUGAGGUUUCUCUAAUCCACUGAAAUUAUUGUGUGCUAAAUUUGGGUAACAAAUCUAACUCAUUAACCCGGUUGAAAUUUAGGUCUGUCAUCUUAAUAUAUCCUGCAGUAAAAGGAAGCAUCGUUACAAAGCGACCCACCUUUCAUGCUGCGUCAGCGUCGUCCUGCUUGUGCUGAUGAUGUGAUUAGGUGUAGAGAAUCCGCUGCGAUUUAACCUCAAAGUUUAUCACACAACUUAAUGACUCACAUGGAAAUAUUCAGUAAUUGAACUGCAAAUCACAUUUAGUUACAAAAAAAAGAGCUGAAGCAUGUCAGUGGCAUGAUGCUUGCCAAGCCAGAUCUAGGUCUCUAGGAUAAUUAAGGUAUUUUAGUACGCAAUUUACUGCCUUAGUAUCAAAGGUCAGUAACUGUUCUUUCUUUCUUUGAGCUUAAGUAUACCUUUAAAAAUAACUUGCAUGGAUUACUUUGCUCUCAAUUAUUUGUCACAAUAGUUAAACACAAAAGGUUGCAGUGCUUCUAUUCCCUUACUAAAAAUUAGUGUUUUUUUUUCCUUUUCCUUUUUUGGUUUUGUUUUUGUUUUUUUUUAAACAGCUUUGCUAAUGCCACAGAAAGGGCUCUUUUAACUUAAGAUAAGUGAAAAGUACUAAAAAAGAUUCAGGUAAUUCUCAUUCAGCACUUUAUUGUUAUUCAGAAUAAAAUUUAUGAUGGCAUAUUUGCCCUGCAAAUGUCUUAAUGAAAUUGUUCUGAAUAAAAGGCUCCUUAUUGGUUUGAGAAAAACUGUUUACCUGUGAGUUUAAUGAGCUUCAUCACUUGGAUUUUCGUGUUGACUUAUUUCUAAGGUUGAUGGAAUGUUAUUUAAGAAGUAGUCAUUGCACUCAUGUUAGGAUUAUCUUCAACUGUAUUCAGUAAAAAACUAAUGACAAGUAGUAAAAAUGAAAUUAGGCUUUCUGGUUAAAUAAAUAAUUGCGGUUUAAAUAAUUUUAAAGAUAUUCUUGCUCAUUUUACUGGGUUGUAAAUUUCGCCAUUGAAAAAGUCAAGUUGAAUAUAUAACUUUGCUCCUCAACCUUUUGAUGAAAUUUUAAUAUCUAAUUAUGGGUAAAUUUGACGAAAUAGUUAAUUGCCACAUAUAUUAAGAAAAAUUUGAUUUAGACACAUUUUAAAAUACCAGAUGUUAAUAUUUUGCUUCUAACCUGUGAUGUAAGUAAAAUAUGCCUGAGUUACUGUAACGUGCAAAGAAAACUUGAGAAGUAUAGUAAAUCUACCUUAGUUGAUCUCAGUUUGUUUUGGGUAAAAGAUGAACUAUUGUAUUUCUUAAGUGAUUUACUGUUCCCCCUUUGUUAGGAGGGGAGAUGGAGGUCUUGCAUACUCUUCUAAAACAAGGUACCAUCUAUUGUUUAACAGGUGAAGUUGAAUUGUGCAUCUCUAGUGUAAAGAAUUUCUUUACAAAGCGUUUUUCACCACUGAAAGUAGAUAGCAUAGGAUGGCAUAAGACUAUUUCUCUGUCUUGAUAAUGAAAACGCUUCAGUUCAAUUAGGAUACAAUUCUCUGCUACUUGCCACCUCCUCAAAUGUUAUUGUGAGCUCUUGAAAGAUCUGUUUACUAGCUCAGAACUAUCCUAUGAUAAUAUUUUUGAGGCAGUUACUAAAAACCUCAGAUACUUUAGUUAAGAUCUUUGUCAGAAAGUAUUCUAAAAUUUGUUCUGAGACUAAUUUAAACAACAUUUAAAUUUGUGGGCCUUUUUCUUAACUAUGGUGAGCAAUUGAGUACUUAAUGAAUUGUACUCAGUUGAGUCAAAUCUAUUGUACCCCUGAGCAUGGUAAUGUCGUCGGAAGUAAUGUGUAAGUUUUGAUAAUGUUUCUACCCAAAAACCAUUAAAGACUUGCUGAAUUUUAGAUGUUCCACUGUAUCACUUCUAUACAAGAGAUGGUCAUUUGAUUGAGAUUAGAUGUCAAUCUGUAAAGACAAGUGGAUUAUAGAUUUUAAAAAAGUCAUUUUCUUAUCCAUUCAUUUGACGGGUAUAAGCUCAAAGGUUGCCCAUUAUGAUUUUGCAGUUAAGUGAUGGCUCACAACAUAACAACUGUCAUGUACAGUAUUGUAAAGAUCCCAUCUACUGUGACUUAGAAAAAUUGUUUAUAUUUGAGAAAAAUAACUAUAAAAAAGAUAAUACCCAGAAGAAACCUUAGGGUGAAUUUGGCAGAUAUUAAUAUUCCUUACAGUUCUAAAUAAGUUUUCUCAGAAUUGUGGGCCUGAUGAGAUAAUAAUCAUAUUCUUGUACACUGUAACAGGAGCAUUGUUGCUUGAAACUUGAACUAUUUUAGAAAGUUAAAAUUAAUUGGUCAUCAUCUUUUUAUCCCCCCUCACAUAUCACUGAACAACUAGUUUCUCUCCCUUUUUGUCAAUUCCCAUUGUGUAUUUUUCAAAAGAAGUACUGUAUUCAGAUGCCAGCCAAUAAAUUGUCACACAGUGGAAAAUGAUAUGCCACAACGUUCAUUGUAAGGUUUAAUAAAAUUUAAUUUGC